AGGAGUACGGAAGCCAACAGUGAUAAAAACAGUUAGCGACAGUAGCACCUUUACAUGCGUCGUGCAGCAAUCGGCUGCUGCUGCGGAGGCAUAGCGACUGCCUUGUCGGCCGUCUCCACCGCGGCCGCUCCGUCGCCAACUACCACGCUCCGACGAUGGCAGACGCGCGUGCCCAACAAGGGCUACCGCAAGCAAGCCACGGACAUCCCCGAUCGCAUCAGAGACGCCAUGGCCCUCUUUGGGGCAGACAUGAGCAACAUCACGUCGGAAGAAGACCCACCCUACGUGCCAGAACAGCAGCGGCGACAGAUGCUGCAGGAGGUGAUGUCCAGCACCCAGAACACAAUGCAACUGUCCAAGAUGGACCGUCUGCGGACCGCGCUUGAUGCCGUGCGAAACGAACCGCCAGGCGACGACAAGUGGCAGGAGGUGUACAUGUUUUUACGGACGACGGAGAUGAGCACCGAGGUGAUCAGAAACGAAAGCGACGUCUUCCCAAAGGCGCAGAAGCUGUGGAUCGAGAUGGAGCUCUGCGAAGAAAAGCGGGUACCGGCCUUGCUGAAACUCCCGAAUGGUAUGCCGGUGCUGCCCAUUUUUACUAUGGAGGAGUAUUACGAUCACUACCUGGGACGCACCGAGGCCUUUGAGUCCUGCUGGUUUCCCGUUCCCCGCGCCGGGUCGCAGUGGGAAGAGUUCUGCAAGUUGCCCUUUCCAGUCUGCGUCACCGGUGGCAUUCAGCAUUUCAGCAUGCUUGCAACGGUUGCCCUGGGUGGUCCGCAGCUCGGCAUCCUUGUCAACCCAGGUCAGCGCAGCAGCAAAUUUAUCACCUACCCGGAGAUGGUGACGCUAACUCAGAUGAAGCGGCAGAAGAGUAAGGACCGCAACCUGUCGCUCAAGACACCGUCGGCCGAUGGAGGCGCAUCGGAUUGGGUUUUUGACGUGCACCUCAUGACAACCUUCGACACGACCAAGAUGCCGCUGGUGCGUCUCGAGCCGCAGGAUCUGCCGGCUCUGCUGAAGGACCGUCCACCCAUCCCACCCGUUGCCCAGCUGGAACUCCAGUUGCUGCUCUACAAGUAUGACGCGAUCCAAUCCGUGUAUAUCCGCACCGUCGACCGCCCAAAGUGGCGCACCAUCUUUGGCGCAUCGGAGAAGAUGACACAGAUCGACGUGGUGUGCGACCCGGCCAAUAAACCGGACAAGGAGUUCUUUGCGCACCUACAGCGAUGGAGCUUCAUGAAAGAGUUCAACAGCGAUGUGCACGUGGAGCUGGCGAGUGCGUCGCCGACGCGCGACGGCUCCUCCAACUCCUUCAUGUGCGUCUUCUCGCAGCAGGACGCGGCGCUGCUGCGGUCGACGACAACGUUCAGAGGACGCACACUGGCGGAUGAACUAGACUUUAACGCGCCGAUUUCCGAUGCGCAGGGCAACAAGCCGUACGAGCAUCAUGUCAGCUACCACUGA